AUGUUCGCAGUUACAGCGGCGGAAUUUACGGCGAAAGGGACGGAUCAUUUCUUCGUCAACCAGUACAUGACCAAGUGGGGAUGUCCGACUACGUUAUUGUCGGACAAAGGACUGCAUUUCUGCUCGAAGCUCUCCAUGGCGAUCUACGAGGUGAUGAAGAUCAAGAAGGUCACCCCCAGCUCCUACCACCCACAGACCAACGGCGGCACGGAACGCGUCAACCACACGAUGGCCCAGAUGCUCACGGUGGUCGUCAACGAACAGCAAAACGAUUGGGACGUACAUCUCCCGCACGUUGAGUUUGCCUACAACAAUUCCGUGAAUCAGUCUACUGGAUUAGCGCCAAACGAGAUCCAUGUCGGACGCAUCCCGCGACUCCCGCUUUCGGUCUUCGAUCAUCCCACGGUGCUCAAGGCCAAGUUCGCACUUUCCUGGGCGGAGCCCUACAAAGUUCUUGCGGUGGGUCCCGCCUCUGCCGACGCCACUCCGGNGCGCCGCAAUUCAUCCCUGCUGGACGCUAUUCACAAGCUCCCUCAGACCAACGGCGGCACGGAACGCGUCAACCACACGAUGGCCCAGAUGCUCACGGUGGUCGUCAACGAACAGCAAAACGAUUGGGACGUACAUCUCCCGCACGUUGAGUUUGCCUACAACAAUUCCGUGAAUCAGUCUACUGGAUUAGCGCCAAACGAGAUCCAUGUCGGACGCAUCCCGCGACUCCCGCUUUCGGUCUUCGAUCAUCCCACGGUUACCGUUGGCGGGUGGGCUUGGGUGUACAACACGGCUGCUACAAUUCGACAGAGUGUGCAGAAGGACACAGACCAACAGGUGCUCAAGGCCAAGUUCGCACUUUCCUGGGCGGAGCCCUACAAAGUUCUUGCGGUGGGUCCCGCCUCUGCCGACGCCACUCCGGACGGCCGCCCGUUGGCGCGUAAACUCCUCUACCUGGACCUGCCUUCCGAUCUUUCCGGCCCCGCAGCUCGUUGUCGCCUUUCUGUCCUUCGUUGCAAGCCCUGUCGCAAUCCGUACGAGACGGACGACUUGCCGCAAUCUCUACCCGCCGAGCUUUCGCGGGGAACCGUACAUAUCGAGUGGCUCGGACUCGCGCGGCACAGCGGGGGCUAG